GCAGCUGCAGAACUUCUUUUUUUCCAGCCUGCAUUUUGUCAGGACCAGCCAACCAGCGAGUGCAGUGGAAGCAAAAGCAGGCUACUCUUGUGCUUUUUGAACUGUCAUCUGAUCCAGCCUUCAUCAUAACCAGAGCUCUUUUGAAGCGUGCCAGAGGAAAUGUCAGAACCAACAGCAGAACUCACCAACAAGCCUUUUGCGGUCCAGUUGUCCAAUGUUUAUCUCAGCAUCUUGGCUCUGUUCUGCUUCAAGCUCUUCGUUAAGAUCUCUCUCAACUUGCUAACAUACUUCUAUAUAGUCCGGGGAAACCGUAAAGAAGCUGCCAGAAUAUCAGCAGAGUUCUACGAUUAUGGUCAACAACACAGAUCCUGGGCAGACCGCUCGCCCCUUCACGACGCUGCCAGCCAGGGCCGCCUCCUGGCCCUGAGGACCCUCAUUUUACAGGGUCACAAUGUGAACGUUCUCACCAUAGACCAUGUGACACCCCUUCACGAGGCCUGUCUUGGAGACCAUGUUGCCUGUGCCAGAGCGCUCAUCGACGCAGGAGCAAAUGUCAACGCUUCGACAAUUGAUGGAGUCACCCCUCUGUUCAACGCGUGUACAGUGGGCAGCGUGGCAUGCACUGAAAUUCUUUUGGAAAAUGGAGCAAAACCCCAGAGCCUUGUGCACCAACCUUCACCGAUACACGAGGCGACCAGCAAAGGUCAUUAUGGUUGUGUUGAGGCUCUGGUAACUUGGGGGGCCGAUGUGGACACAGACAUUCCUCACCUGGGCACAGCACUCUACACUGCCUGUGUCUGCCAAGAGCUGGAGUGCGCCAGGAAGCUCCUGAGGGAAGGUGCAAAUGUACAAAAAGGCCGAUUCCUGGAUUCACCCUUACACGCUGCAGCAGAAAAAGAUUGCACAGCUGUCGUAAAGCUGCUGCUGGAUUUCGGUGCUGACAUUAACGCCAGAAACACAGAGUUCCAGAGGCCAGUGGAUGUGGCUCCGCCCAGCAGUCUAACAGAGGGCUUUCUGCUUCUUUAUGAAGCUACACCCCGACUCCUGAGCCAGUUGUGUCGUCAGUGCAUCAGAAACUGUGUUGGUCGGGACAGACUGCACCUUCUUUCCCACCUCCCCCUCCCCAACAGGAUCAAGAGCUACCUGCAGUACCAAUGACCUGCAGGAUCAAUAAACCGUGGGCCUGAAUGUGACUUUAAAGAAGACGCCCUUACCUAAAAAAAUAAUAAUAAUAAGCUAUCAACACCCAAAAUGUAUCAACUCAGUCAGAGUGACUGAUUAAAUUAUGUACAGACAGGAAGCUGCACUGAGAGCAACCAGGGUUCAUGAGUUUUAUAGCACAAAACAAGAAAUAAGUAUUACAAACUAAAUAUUAUCAUUUUGGUCUGCUCAUGUGUUUAGAGAAUGCCUUGAUCUUUCCAAAAACUAUAACCUGAUAAUGCACUUUAAUUAAGAAAUAUUUUAUGAAGUACUAAUAUUGUAUAAAUCAAACUGAAUGAGUGUUCUACAUUUCAUAUUGUGCACUGUUGAA